UCCAUUUGCGGUCGUUACAAAUUGCAUUCGAGAGGAUGCGUCAUAAUGAUAAUCAGAAAAUGUUGAUCAGGUUAUUUUAGAAAGAAGAAAAAUCUUUGAACCGAAGGAAAUGGAGAGUGAAAGUACAAGCACUGCGUCCACCAGUGACAGCAUGGAACAGUCGGUCGGAGGAGAACCCGGAACGGUGACCGAAUCCCUUAGAGCGAUGUUUAACAACGGCGAAAUGUCGGACAUCUCCUUCAAGUUUCCGAACGAGUCGGACGAGGAAAAAUCCGUCUUAAGGGCACACAAACUGAUCCUUGCUAUCCGGAGUCCAGUUUUUAAAGCCAUGUUCUACGGUACCCUCCAGGAAGUGGGUCAGGACGUGAAUAUUGAGGACAUCUCCUACGACAUCUUCAGAACUCUGCUCAGGUUCAUCUACACGGAUAAAAUAAAGCUUGAAGGUGACACAGUUAUUCCAACUUUACAUGCCGCACAAAAAUAUCAGAUCCCUGCCUUGGUAAAUCAAUGCCAGUCUUUUCUGGAAGCGGCGGUCGAUAGUGACAAUGCCUGCGUUAUAUUUAGUCAAGCCAAGUUGUUCGAUCUGAAAGAACUAGAAACAAAUGUACUCAGAUUCAUAGAGUUCAACACGACAGAAUGCUUACAAUCAGAUGGCUUUCUGUCUCUCAGUAAGGAUAACUUGCGAGAAGUCCUGAAGAAUGGGAAGUUUUGUACCUCGGAAGAAAACCUUGUCAAAGCCACCCUUCGGUGGGCAGAGGAAGAAUGUAAGCGAAGAGAAAUGGAGCCUACCGGAGAAAACAUGAGAAAAUCGCUCGGAGACAGUCUUUACUUGCUCAGAGUACCUUUACUUUCAUUAGAAACUUUUUCUAGUCUACUUGUUGCUACUGAGGUCUUAGAUGAAAAGGAACAGCUAGAUUUAUACAAGUAUUUCACGCUGCAUAAAUUCGAAGGGGGUGCCGAAAAAUUUCAGAAAGGCGCUAGGUUUGAGAAUGCUCCGAACGAAGUGAAGGUUCAAAAUCUGUAUGGAUCUAUGGGACAAAGAUCCGCGGGUCUUGUUUGUAGGGAGAAAAUAUCCUUAAAAACCAGGUUUCCCGUCAAGUUGUGUCAAAUCAAACUCCUUCCUUUUCCGAGUAAAUCACUUGAUGUAAAUUUCUACCAGUAUCACCAUACGAACAAUUCUCACAAGACAGAACAAGGCCCGGAGAUAAAAAUUAUCGUCACAGAAGUUGUAGGCGAUGAGACGAGUCGAACAAUAUACGAAGGGUUGAGAAUGUCUACUAACUUGGCACCAAUCCCUUUGGAUUACAUUUUCUCGGCAGACCCUAAUUCCAAACUACAACUUGUGGUGUCGGUUAGUUCUAAAUGUAGGGCCUGUGGUGUUGCUACGGCCCCGUUCUACCAGACCGUUGUCAAGGAAGCAGGUCUAUCGAAAUACACCCCGAGACGAAUUAUGGUGUCCAAUGAGGCCGCAGAUAUGAUUCUUCAAGGUCACAGCGUUAUCGAUACAAUGACCUUCAUGAAAGAGUGACAAAAAACGCAUGCCUUAUGGCUAAUAAAAAUGCUAUCGUUAAUGUGAAAAAAAAAACCUUUUACAUUAACAGCUUGUCAAAGCUUCUUUUUUUUUUAAAGUGUUUCUUCGAAACUUUCUUGCUGCUUUAUAGUCUAAAAAUAUUUC